AUGACUUUCAACACCGGGCAGAGCUGCUCGAUAGCUGGUGUCCUGGCCGACUGGAAGGUCUUGCUAGGCCUUCUCAUCAUAAUUAUCACAACCAGUAUCCGUUCCUAUAUCCGCUUGAGCCAUGUUCCUGGGCCGCUGUUCCAAUCUAUCUCGUCGCUCGGUUUCCUGAAGACGCAUCUGGACGGUAGUCCGCACUCCGAGAUUCUGAGAUGGACACAAAAGUAUGGACCAUUGGUCAGGGUCGGCCCGAAUUCUGUGAUCACCAGCGACGUCAAAACUGUCCAGAGGAUAUCUGGUGUCAAAUCUCCUUAUAGCAAAGGAGGCUGGUAUCGUCCUUUCCGCUUCAUCAAAGAACGAGACCAUUCGUUUUCUACGGUACAUGAGCCCAGCCACACCGCAUUCAGAAGCAAAAUCGCGGCUGGCUUCCGUGGUUCUGCUGAGAUGGAACAGGCAGUCGAUCGCCAGCUUCGCUGUCUGGUUGCUCUUAUUGACAGAAAAUACGUCUCGCGUAUAAGCUCUGGGGACAAGACGGGUUUCUGCCAGAUUAUGGAUAUUGCCGCGAUUACUCACUUGUUUGCUUUGGACAUCGUCGGUGAUAUUACGUUCGGCAAGGCCUUUGGUUUCUUGGAUGAAGGUUAUGACUUUUAUGGUUUCCUCAAAUGGAACAAGGAUUUUUUCUCGGUGGCAGCCACAUCAGCUGUUCUUCCAACUCUGGCACGGGCAGCACAACUAUGGCCAUUUCGUGGGGCACUUCCCAAGGCCACAGAUCCCGCUGGCCUUGGAAAGUUUAUAAGGCAUAGCGAAGAAGUCGUUGGCGCUCGUUACAAGGAAGGUCCCGAUGGCCGUAGGGAUUUGGUGGGUAUGUUCAUGAAAAUGGGUGUUACCAAGGACGAAGCUGUGAAUCAGUUGCUAGUUUCUGUAGUUGCUGGAACUGACUCCGUCGCGACUGCAAUUCGCAGGACCGUUUUAUUUUUGACUUCAAAUCCAAGAGCAUAUAAGAUCCUGCUAUCGGAACUCGACAAGGCCAAAGCGGAUGGGUUGCUAAGCUCACCCGUUCAGAGCUCCGAGGCCAGGCAGCUGCCCUAUCUGCAAGCCGUUGUCCGAGAAGGCCUGCGAAUCUAUCCUGGCGGAACUCCCCUUGCAUUCAAAGAAGUACCGAUUGGCGGCGAUAUGGUCGCUGGCUACAGGCUCCCGGCUGGUACACAGGUUGGCAUGGAUGUGUGGGGGGCUCUAAGAAAUACGCAGUUCUGGGGCGAGGACGCAGAUCUGUUCCGACCCGAGCGGUGGUUGAACUUAGCAGAGGCAAGAUUUAGCUCUAUGGUCGAAUGUCUCGACUUUCAAUUUGGAUAUGGAAGAUACCAGUGCCUGGGGAGGCCUUUGGUAUUCAUGGAAAUGAACAAAACUUUGCCCGAGCUUUUAAGCCGGUACGAGUUCGCAAUAGUAGACCCAGCACACCCUGCCGACAUCAAAAAUGCCGGCUUUUAUCUGAUGAAUGGAUUCAAUGUGGUGGUCACAGUGAGAGCCUGA